AUGUGUUCUGCAGCAGCUGCAACAUCAGUCACAAAGAGCAACAAAUACAAUUAUGAAACAUUGAAAGUAUCAAAUCUCACCAACUAUGUCUUCCUUGUCGAGAUCAACAGACCUGAAUCAAGAAAUGCUAUGAAUGUUCAAUUUCAAGAAGACAUGAGGGCAUGUUUCAGUGAACUGAACAAUGACCCUGACUGCAGAUCAGUUGUACUAUCUGGAUCUGGCAAACAUUUUUCAUCAGGUCUUCAUUACUUCUUAGGGUUUCUACUUAUUACACAUUCAUGUCUGGACCUUAGUGACUUGAGUUUCUUCUCACUGAAUGAUUUGGAACCAGGAAGGAAGUCGUUUGCCCUUGGAAAGAUGAUCAGGGCAUUCCAAGAAAGUUUUACUGUCAUUGAAAAAUGCACAAAGCCAGUAAUAUCGGCUGUCCAUGGUGCCUGCAUUGGUGGUGGGGUUGACAUGGUGUGUGCCUCUGACGUCAGGUACUGCUCUAUGGACGCCUGGUUCCAAAUCAAGGAGGUUGAUGUUGGCCUGGCAGCUGACGUUGGAACGUUGCAGAGGCUUCCAAAAAUUGUUGGGAAUGAAAGUUUGGUGAGAGAAUUGUGCUUCACUGGUCGCAAGUUUCUGCCAGACGAAGCAAAGGAGUUUGGCUUUGUUAGCAAAAUAUUUCCUGAUAAAGAAAAGUUGCUAGCUGGAGCUUUUGAACUAGCAAAUGUCAUUGCGUCGAAAAGUCCGAUAGCAGUCCAAGGAACCAAGUUGGGUCUGAUCUACGCAAGAGAUCAUUCCGUGACUGAUUCUCUUAACCAGAUUGCCCUCCUUAACCAAUCGUUGUUGCAGAGUGAAGAUUUGAUAAAGGCUGCCACCGCCAUUCUCAAAAAACAGAAACCCGUUUUUUCCAAAUUAUGA